AUGAAGUUCCUCAAGGUUGGCCGUGUUGCCAUCAUCACCCGCGGCAGAUAUGCUGGCAAGAAGGUUGUUUUGAUCCAACCACAAGAUUCUGGAACCAAGUCUCACCCAUACCCUCACGCCCUGGUCGCCGGUAUUGAGCGCUACCCACAGCAAAUCACCCGCCGCAUGUCCAAGACCCGUCAAACCAAGCGAUCCAAGGUCAAGCCAUUCAUCAAGGUCAUCAACUACAACCACUUGAUGCCAACAAGAUACACACUCGAAUUGGAGGGAUUGAAGGGUGUUGUUACUGCGGAUACUUUCAAGGAGGUUUCUCAGCGGGAGGACGCGAAGAAGACUGUGAAGAAGGCUUUGGAGGAGAGAUACACUUCUGGAAAGAACAGAUGGUUCUUCACUCCUCUUAGAUUUUGA